ACACCAGCAUUCAUAUCGACUUGAGCUACUUUAGCAUAUCGCCAAAGCUAUGUAUUUAGUGACCACAACUGUUUGAAAUUGCUAACGUCGGCAGAUUCUCCGACACUUCAAUGAGCCAAGCCAAAACAAUAUUCAAAGCAGAAUACUCAAUUCGGUGCAAAAUAGCAUUGAGAAGACAGUGAGAAAAUGAAAAACAAAAUAAAAAAUAAAAAAACAAAUAAUAAUAUUAAAAUGAAAAUUACGAAAUGUACAUAUAAACAUUGAGAACACAUAUCGCUCGAAAUACAUACUACUCGUAGCAGAAACAUGCAAUCGACCACAACACCAAUUGUGAGUGCAUUAUAAAAUCAAUUAAUCGCAUUAAAUCAGCAUUGAGUUGACAAAAAACCGUCAAGCGCGUCGCCAGUAAAUCGGGUAGAUAAAACGAAAAAAAAAAUCCAUAAAAGAGCAUACUCGUAUAACGGAUCGUAGUUUAGAAUGCCACCAUCCGCACACAUAUCCAACACCCACUUCUGGUUGUACACCGUGGGCCUGCUGCUGGUUUGGAUUAUCGUCAUAACGACAGCAACGCCGCUCGACCAGAAAAAGUCGCUAGCCAAGGCCAGAGUUUGGGGCAAAAAUGAAGCACAGGAGCAGCGUUUGGAGAAGAGUUGUCAAUCGCUUUGCGAACAAUGCGGCUGCAUGGGUUUCUAUUGCGGCGAGGAAUGCCUCUGUGAGUUCGAUAAGCACAGCGCUUUUCAUCGAGGUGGCCAAAAGCGUAACAGCACCAAAACACAACCGCCGCUCACAAAUGCCGAAUGCAUUGCUUCAAUGCAGCAAGAUGCACAAGUGCAAGCGCUACCAUUCGAAGUGCUCAUACAAGGAUCGAGCGGCGAACGCUUCAUGCGCACAGCUAUGCAAUUCGAUGUGGACCAAACGCGCGCGGCGGCCGCUCUAACAGCCAUGCCUAGAAAACGUGCAACUAUUUCCAUUUACCGCCCAUACACGCCCACGCAAAGCAACAUGCUACUGCAGGCGAACGAAAGCAAGAAAGCACUCAAAUCAGCUGCGGUUCGUCCACGCCGCUCAACAGAGCAUCUGGAUUGGUUUAGUGACUUUGCGACUACUUUAGUGCGUCCAGCGCCGCUGCGCAAAAGUGAGGCGAGCAGCGCCAGCGCCAACGCCAGCGGUGGCAACAAGAAACGCGAGACGCAACGCAAUGAAGAUGACAGUACGCGCGAGAAACCCGAAUCGUGGUUUAGUGAUCAUCCCAAUCGUUUGCUACGUCCAGCACCGCUCUUUCGGCGUCAUCAGAAAUCACAAAAACCGGCUAUGGAAGUUGAAGAAAAUGAGACUUCCGAUUCGCAAGACGCUUCAAUGGCACCCGUUGGAGAGGUAAUCAAGAAUACCAUACGAAAUAUACAAGAAUCGGAUAUAGGUGAAGGUCUACGUUCUGGCAUCCGCGAUGGCACCGAACUCUGGCAGAAUACGUUUCAAGGCAGCAAUUUAGAAUUAUUUCCAAAACGUUUCCGCAAUGACUUCACCGAAGUAUUCGAUACGUGGCUAAAGAAUCAACAAGCCACCGAGGCCAGCAUAGAAGUGCCAGACGUGCCAACGCGUGCAACGCAACCCGUACUCUUGCCUUGGUUCCGACCUGUGCGUUUCUUGCAACGCGUGCAUCAAGCGUUGAACUGAGGGGACGGGUUUAGGAAGUACCGGUUAAGUACCAAUACAUAACUGCAUAG